GUUCAACAGACCCAGGAUAUCUUUCCGAGAUCCAGUUGAAUUGAACCGAACAAACACAGUCAGUCAAGUGUUAAACUUGACUCAUCACGAUCUGAACGAGUGCCCAUGGAAGGGGAGGGGUUUACUGCUUAUGACUAAUCACAGACAUAGACAGUUGGACUGAUAACAGCCGAAGGUCAAACUGUUACAUAAUAAAAGUACGAGGAGAACAAACACAUGAUCCGGACUAAAGGAAACAGUUAGAGCUGCUAAAUGCAGCAAGAACAGCUGGUGAAACAUCUGUGAUUGUGUCAAUGUUGCUGAUCUCAUCGCUCUGCUGCAGCACGAACCAAGCUGUAGUGACGCUGAGUCCCAGCAGCUCUCAGUUCUUCAGAGGGACGUCCGUCUCUUUUAGCUGUGAGGACGACCACAGCUCGGCUGGAUGGACGCUGAGGAGGAACACGAUCACAGGCAACAGGAAGGAGUGUGAAGACUGGGGGCGACAAGUUGCUUCUUCCUGUGUCAUCGAAGCUCUCGUCUCAUCAGACACUGGAGUUUACUGGUGUGAGUCCACAGAGGGAGGAGCAAGUAACUACGUCAACAUCACUGUGACUGAUGGUCCAGUGAUCCUGCAGAGUCCCGUCCUCCCGGUGGAGGCAGGAGAGAACGUCACUCUGCUCUGUAAAACUAAGACGCCGUCCUUCAACCUCUCGGCUGAUUUCUAUAAAGAUGGCACUUUUGUCAGGACGACGCCCACAGGUCACAUGACCAUCCACCUUGUCUCCAAGUCUGAUGAAGGAGCCUACAAGUGUGACAUCAGAGGCCGGGGAGAGUCUCCACCCGCCUGGCUGUUUGUCACAGGUGAGGUCAAAGGUGGAGCCGUCCUCUUCGAACCCUCCCUCACCAUGUUAGUCAUCAUCCUCAUCGUGGUCAGCUCGCCAUACGUCGUCUCCACGCUGCUCCUGGUGUCCAUUGUCCGACAGAGGCCCACAGAAAAGGCCCCGCCUGUUUCCCUGACAACGCCCCCACCUGGCGAGGACGAGGAAGGAUUGGAGUACGAAGAUGUUGUCGCUGACGUCACCACCGAGCAUCGCUUCUAAGCUUAACGUUCUCAUGUUGUUUGUUUUUAGUUUUUUCUCCUGUAUAAUUAAUCCAAUGAGAUGUUCUCGGCCAGCGAUCUUUUUCUUUUUUGAAAUAAAAAAGGUUUGUGUUGUUUUG